CUGGGGAGCCACCUCUGGGCUGCUGCGGGGCCUGACCCACCUGGGGGACGUCUUCUGCAUCAGUGCUCCUUGGGAGGCUUACGGGAUGAGGGAGCAGAGAGGGAGCUCCUGAGAACUGGCUACGACGUGGGAGUGUGCCGGGGAGCCAUGGUCAGAGCCCUGGGUUCGAGUCUGCACUUCCCCCUUCAGCUAGGUGACUGGACAGGCCAGCAGCAGCUCCAGGCGUUGGGGCAGGAGGACUCAGCUCUGGGGCUGCCUGGAGCUCACACUCCCUCCUCUCCUGGGGGCUGAGGCCUCCUCCCUUACUGAGUUUGUAGAGCCUCGGGAGUGGAAGGGGGGAGGCUGAGGGGCAGAGCCAUCCCCAGGGUCUGGUCACCACCCCCGCCCCUGAACCAGGAUCCCGGCCCAGCUGAGAUAUCCCUGGAGUUGAACAGUAGGGAUUAAACACAUAAUGUGUGUGUACGUGUGUGUGUGCGCGUGUGUAGGCAGGAAGGACGAGGGGAGAGAGAGCCCAUCAAGUUUGGAGGUCCUGCCCAGCCCCCUGCACGCCCCGCCUGUGAGCAGAGGCCUCAGAUGCAACCGACAAGGCUCACAGCCCAGCUCUGCCCUUUCUGGCCUGGGCGAGCGGCAGACCUGCCUCAGUUUCCUCGCCUGAAAAAUGGAGUAGGAGCAGCACCUCCUCCCGGGUUGCCGUGAGGGUUGCGUGCUGUGGUAUCUCGGGGUGCCAAGGGCAGUGCUGGGCAGGUGUGAGAGCCGUGUCGGAUGUUGUCACCCCACCGUCACCACUACCGCACCGUCGCUGCCACCACCGCCACCCUCCAGCUUGAAAUCCGAGGGCUGGGCCGGAGCAGCUCCGAGCUUCGGUUCUGGCACUGACACAGGGGAAGAGGAUGAGACUCGCUUUACAGGCUGUGGUGGGGACCUAGUGAGUCAGUGGUGUAGACAGCUUUGAAGUCCUGAAAGGCAGGGCACAGGCAUGUGGGUGUGCGUGAGAGCGUGGGGGGAACGUGCCGGGGACUCGGGGUCCUGGGCUCCUCUCCUCACCUAAGCUGGGCCUCUUCACCGCGUGACCUCGAGCAGGUUCCUCGGCUCCUGGGACUCAGCCUGCUCCUUGCAGAAUGAGGGCCCAGCGGUGUCUGCUAGGACCCUCCCCGCCCUGGCCCCGGCCCCUUCGUCCCUCCUCCCUGCGCCUCUGCCCCUGCGCGUCUGUGCCCUUCAGCUGCGGGGCGGGGGCAGGGGCUGACUCCCGGGCACCCUUCUCUCCUGCCUUGCUGCCCCUUUGCCGGGACCUGUGGUGUGGCUCGAACCUUCCUUUGCUCUUAGGCCCCUCUGCCCCGACCCACCCUCCUCUUCUUGUUCUGGGACUCUGAGCCAGGUCCCGUCUUGGGUGUGGGGUUGCUCUGAUGGCUGGGCCCGACUUUGGCAUGAUGGCCUCACUAAAGAUCAGUCCUGUGAGCCCCUGGCAUAUAGGGGGUCCAGGAGGGGUUCACAGGAGCCCCCUCAUUGGGCUCAUCUUUGGGGGUCCCAACCCUGUGUUCUGUGCUGUUGGGGAAUCCGAAGAAAUAGGCCAGCCCCUGUGAGGAUGGUGGGCCAGGCGAGGGCGUGCCCACAAGCCUGCUGGGCUGCUUCCCACGCCAGGGUAAGAACCUGCCUUUCUGGGCCCCAGCUUCCCAGGUCAGGGAUGCCCUCGGCCUCCGUCUGGGACCUGAGUCUGGGAAAGUCUAGGCAGGGUAGGGCAGUGUGAGACCAGGCCUUGGGGUGGAGCCCUGGGCUCGAAUCCCAGCUCUGCCUCUUACUGCAUGUGUGACCUGGGCCAAUUAACAACCUGGAGCCUCAGUUUCCUCGCCCACGUGGUGGGGCUGAUCAGAGCACCGCCGGGAGCUAAGGGGCAGAGUCGGCGAGCAGGUGUAGCGGAGAAAGUGCUUGGUGCACGCAGCCUGGCAUUAUCUGAGGUCAUCGGUUCGCGCUCUGCGCCCAGCCCGUCAUGGGCAGGCGUUUCGGAGCGGUAACAGGAGAGAGCCGUGGCUGAGCCCUGCACAGCCCGCAUGGCUCAGCUUCCAGACCUGCCUCCUCUCGAUGUGUAACCUCGGGCAGUGGGCUUCACCCCUUUGGACCUCAGUUUCCUCAUUAGAAAAUGAGGAGUUCACCUGGUGCUCUUAUUGAUGUGUUUGGCAAGUUUAUAACACAGCCUGGCAGGUGGGAACCUCCCCACGGGUGGUUUUUGGUGUGGCUAAGAGGGCGGCAGGCCCUGGGCCUGGCUCCCCGCGGGACCUUGAGUAGCCCUUUCCCAUUUGGGGGCUUUAAUGUCCCCAACUAUAGAACAAGGGGCUUGCUCAGACAGCCUGCCUCUCAGGAGCCAUGCAGUCCCCUGGAUUGCAUUCCUGGGACAAGCCUUGGGAGGGGGCCCAGGGCUGUCUGGGUGAGCGUGCUCGGACAAAGCCACGAUGCCUCCGGCCACCCGGGCAGCCUGCUUUCUCUGCAGUCCCGGAGGCCUCUGUCCACAUGCCUUCAUCCACUGACAUUUACUGAGCACCCACUGUGCACCAAGCUCAGCAAGAAGUGGCCAUGCUGUGAAUGGUCCACGCAUUGUCCACCAGCCCCUGUCCCCCUGCCCCCACCCUGCCCCUCACUCCUGACCACAGUCCACUCACCCUCCCAGGGACCAUUGGUCACUUUCCUCACUCGCUUCCCAGCCUAGCCCUGGCAGGAUGGUGGCAGCCAUCCAUGCAAGAGUUUCCACUGCGACAGGUCAUGGCCAGAGCCUUGCCUUUGCACUGAGCAGGCGUUUCCACGGUGUGGCUAGAAGGUCCCUGAGUGUCCUCGACAGACACUGUGAGUCAGGGUCUCACACGCAGGGUACAGGGGGGAGUCUCACGCUGAGCCCCCAUGGGGAGAGAAUGGUGUCGCAGAUGUGGGAGGUGGCUGACAGCUGGACACACACUCCCGGGUGCAGCUCCCAGCAGGCAGGGGGACUAACGGUGGGCGCUGAUCCAAGACGCUGGCCCGGCUCUGAGGUGCGCAGGGAAGCCCGAGUCUCCACUCGAGAAGGCUGGGCUAGGUAUUUCAUGAUUCUUUCUGUCUUCUUUGUCAUCUUCUUUUUUUUAAUUGCCAGAGAACAUGUGUAUUUGCCAGAGAAAGACGGAGAGAGGGAGAGACAAAGCACCCCCUCCCUGUGGGCGUGGUCAUGCUGCAAUUCCUUCUCUGUUCUCCAUCCUGUCGGGAUUUGAGACGUGCAUGCACGCACGUCUGCCUGUUUUGUAAGAUGCCGGGGCAAGGACUUGAACUGCGGAUGGCUAAGUAGUGCCACCUUCCCCAGUUCCACCCCAUGGAUAUGAUGGCGGCCCCUGCUCUGUCCUGGAGUCUGCGCCUUCUCGUCCUCCUGCUGCCCCUGGCCGCCCCUGGGACAUCUGCCGCGGUGAACGAUGCCCCCCAGCUCACAUGCUUCUACAACUCGAAAGCCAACAUCUCCUGUGUCUGGAGCCAGGACGGAGACCUGCCGGGCACGGCCUGCCACAUCCGUGCUCAGUCCAACCAGCGGUCCUGGAACAAGACCUGCGAGCUGCUCCCGAGGCAGGCAUCUUGGGCCUGCAGCCUGAUCCUUGGGUCCCCAGAUUCUCAGGGACAGACCUCAGCUGACGUCCUCAACCUGAGCGUCAUGUGCCGUGAAGGAGAGCGGUGGAGGGUGGUGGCGACCCAGGACUUCAAGCCCUUUAAGAACCUUCGCCUGAUGGCCCCUGACUCCCUCCGGGUCACCCACAUAGGGACCCACCAGUGCAACAUCACCUGGAGCACCUCCCAGGUCUCCCACUACAUUGAGAGAGAGCUGGAGUUCGAGGCCCGGACACGGUCCCCGGGCCACAGCUGGGAGGAGGCGACCCUGCUGACACUCAGGCAGAGGCAGCAGUGGAUCCACCUGGAGAUGCUGGUCCCCGAUACGCAGUACGAGCUGCAGGUACGGGUCAGGCCCCAGCGCCACCAGCAGUGGAGCCCCUGGAGCCGGCCCCUGGCCUUCAGGACGCGGCCUGCAGUCCCUGGGAAGGAGGCCUGGCCCCUGCCUUGGUUCGUCCCCAUCAUCGGGGGCCUCAGCGGUACCUUCGGCUUUGUCGUCUUAGUCUACUUGCUGGCCAGCUGCCGGUACAUCAGGCCAUGGCUGAAGAAGGCUCUGAAAUGCCACAUCCCAGACCCCUCGGAGUUCUUUUCCCAGCUGAGCUCAGAGCAUGGAGGAGAUUUCCAGAAGUGGCUGUCCUCACCCUUCCCCUCGUCCUCCUUCACCUCGGGGGCCCUGGCGCCUGAGAUCUCUCCGCUGGAAGUGCUAGAAAAGGACGCCAAAGCCGCGCAGCUGCUCCUGCUGCAGCAGGACAGGGCGUGCUUGCCCUCGCCCGACAGCCACUCACUGGCCAGCUGCUUCACCAACCAGGGCUACUUCUUCUUCCACCUCCCAGACGCCCUGGAGAUCGAGUCCUGCCAGGUGUACUUCACCUACGACCCCUGUGCAGAGGAGGAGCCUGAGGAUGGCGGGCCGGGGGCACCCCCAGGGCCUCCCCCUGCCCCCAUACUGCCCCUCUCUGGGGAGGACGCCUACUGCACCUUCCCCCCUGGGGAGGACCUGCUGCUCUUCUCUCCCAGCCUCCCCAGCGGCCUGAAUCCCCCCCACACGGCCCUCACAGGCAGCGGUGCCAUGCAGGCGGGUGUCCCCGGAGACUGUGCUCUCCAGCCCCCCACCCCAGGACCCCCUGACCUGGAGGAUUUCCAGUCACCACUGGAGCUGGCAGUGGGAGAAGUUGGGGAGGAGGUCCCUGCCUUGGGCCCUGGGGAGCCCAGCCCCACUAGGCAGGGCCAGAGUGGGGCUCUCACCUCUCUCCUGGCCCUGAACACUGAUGCCUACCUGUCCCUGCAAGAACUCCAGGAUCAGGACCCAGCUCACUCGGUGUAGACAGACGGCCAGCAGGGGGAGGCCGAUGGCGCCCGGCCUGAGGAGGGCCCGAUUGCGGACUGUCCUCAAAGCUAGCCCACUGUUGAGAUGUCCCGGCGCCCACCCCAGCCCUGCACACCCAUCUCAUGUCCUUGCAGACCUCUGUGCUGCUCCCUGAGCCCACCGCUCGGGCCAGGAACCUGGGCUGGGGCGCCUGCCCUCCCUCUAAUCAUGGGAACACUGUUUCUGGAGCGUGGUUCCUCUCCAGGCCCACAGUGAUUCACUGACAUCCUCGCGGCUCUGCAGGACCCCCAUCCCAACCUCCUCACUGGACGUCCUGUCCUAAUGUCCCCUACUCCCACCCACUCCACAGGGCACCAGCGUGUGCUUUGUGGGACACACAUAAGGCCGUGCUCCUCCUCUGUUCAAAAUCCGGCCAUGGCUCCCUACUGCCCUCAGGACGCUCUGGGCGGCACUUGUCCUUCCGGCACCGUCAGGACUUCCCCUCUGGAGCCCUACUGAGCUACUUGGCCAUCUGUGAGGCCUUGUCCUCACAUCCCUCAGAGGGACACACUGCCUCCCUUAAUACGCCAGAACUUGAGAUCAGCGCUCUCAGGCCACAGCAGCUGGGGGGUGGCUGUCCUGUCCUCUCUUGGGAUCCCUCCUGGCCUCAGAAUGCCUGGCUGCUGCAUCCUUCACACAGUGGCCCGACUGUGGACACAAGUCCCCCGCAGAGGCGACCCUGCUGGAUCUUCUCAGACUCAAAAGGAGGCCGCGGGAAAGUGCCCCUGCAUCUGAACAGCACAGAGAGCAGCCGGCUCUUGGGAACCCAAGUCUGGGCCUCUCCCACCUCGCCCUCCGGGGAAGGGUCUCCUGUGUAGCCCAGGGGCCGCACGCUGGCUCCAGAAGGGCAGCCCUCUGUGGGCAGGGCCUCAUUGUCUUUUCAGGGCACUUGACCCAGUGCCAAGCGCCCCGUGGUUCUCCUUGGAUGUUAAGAAAUGAUCCCGCACCACUUUGCCUGGGCUUCCCACGCCUGGCGCCUUCACAUGGGGACCACCCACUUCACAGGAGCGUCUUCUGGCACCUGAACCUUUCUGGGGUCAAGACUUGGAGAGGCAGAGUCCCAACCAGCUCUCCAGGAAAGGCUCAUCUCCCACGCAGCUGACCCCUUCCUUCCUAGUGCUCGCACCUCCACCCUCCACUUCACUUUCCAUUGUCUGGACGCUGAGGGGUCCAUCAGCGUGCUCACCUGCCCUGCCUGGCAAACUCUGGCCCAGGCAACAGGGGAUUGCCUGCACUUAUAGGCCCUGCUUACAGCUGAUUGGGCAUCCGGCAGCAAGUCUGCCCAGAGUCUGACGGGCAGCCUAUGAGGUAGCAUGGCCCAGAAGCUUUAUCCAAUCAGAGAGUCCAGGCCUGACCUAGCCAAUCAGAUUAUCUUCCAGUCCAAAGCAUGAGCCCGGGGAGGGCAGGCAGCACCUGCGAGCAGGUGCUGGUGGACAGAGAGUGCGGGAGAAGUUAGAGUUAAGCUACUCCAUGAGGGGUGGGGGAUGCAUCAAUCUCCUCACACGCUGAGGCCUGCUGCCCAGGGGACCGCUGGGCACCCGCUCAGGGUUCCUGUUUACGUCCAGAAUAAAUUCCCCUCUCUCAAGGUUG